ACCAACCGCCCCUCCCUUCCUCGUCAACAUGGCGCCGAUGUUGGCACCUCUAAAAUGCGGCUUUCACUUUCAAAGACGAAAAUUAGGGUUUCUCAUCAGACAGACGAGCUCGUAUCACGUUUGGAAUAAAAAUCACACUGAAAACGCGACCGAUCCUAAACGCCAAAGCACAUACGUGUUAUGUUCCCUUCCACACCUGCGAACAGCGACAUGGAGCACAAACAGGAGCGAAAACAGUCGUCAGAUUUUGGAGGCAGCAAAACAUUUGCAGGUGACAGACAAACGGACAUGUUGGCACGGAAAUGCAGGAGGAGGUCUAAAUGCAGAUCCAAAAAAUGUGCUAAAGGAGGUGAAUUCAACCCAGAUCCUGUCUGCAAUGCUGUCAUAUGUUUGGCCUAAGGAUAGACCAGACCUCCGGGCUCGUGUUGCUAUCUCUCUGGGCCUGCUUGCUGGAGCCAAGAUCACCAAUGUGAUGGUGCCCUUCAUGUUUAAGUAUGCAGUGGACGAGCUUAACCAGAUGUCGGGACACAUGCUGAACCUGAAUGACGCGCCAAGCACUGUGGCUACCAUGGCAACGGCCGUGCUGAUUGGCUAUGGUGUCUCACGGGCUUGUGCAGCUUUCUUCAACGAGCUGAGGAACACCGUGUUCGGCAAGGUAGCACAGAGCUCCAUCCGACGCAUCGCCAAGAACGUCUUUCUCCACCUGCACAAUCUGGAUCUGGGUUUCCAUCUCAGUCGCCAGACUGGGGCACUGUCCAAGGCCAUCGACCGAGGCACUCGGGGCAUCUCCUUCGUCCUCAGUGCUCUCGUCUUCAAUCUAGGACCCACAGUCUUUGAGAUGGGCCUUGUCAGUGCCAUUUUGUAUUACAAGUGUGGUGGACAGUUUGCAGCAGUGGCCUUGGGUACCUUAUCAGCAUAUACCCUUUUCACGAUUCUUGUCACACAGUGGAGGACUCGUUUUCGAAUAGAAAUGAACAAAGCAGACAGUGAAGCAGGCAAUGCAGCAAUUGACUCGUUGCUAAACUAUGAGACUGUUAAGUACUUUAACAACGAGAAGUACGAAGCUCAGAGGUAUGAUGGAUUCCUGAAGAUCUAUGAAGCAUCCUCUUUAAAAACCACGUCCACGCUUGCCAUGCUCAACUUUGGCCAGAGUGCCAUCUUCAGUGUUGGCCUCACUGGCAUCAUGUUACUGGCCAGCAAGGGCAUUACGGCAGGUACGAUGACCGUUGGAGACCUGGUGAUGGUGAAUGGCUUGCUCUUCCAGCUCUCCCUCCCUCUCAACUUUCUGGGCACAGUAUACAGAGAGACCAGGCAGGCUCUAAUAGACAUGCACACCCUCUUCACCCUGCUCAGCAUCGACACCAAGAUCAAGGAGAGGGAUCUCGCCCCACCUUUAACCAUUGCACCACAAGAGUCCACCAUCUGCUUCGAGGACGUCUAUUUUGAAUACCUGGAGGGCCAGAAAGUCUUAAACGGAGUGUCCUUUGAAGUGCCUGCUGGGAAGAAGGUGGCUGUUGUUGGUGGCAGCGGGUCAGGGAAGAGCACCAUUGUGCGACUGUUGUUCCGCUUCUAUGAGCCCCAGCGGGGGAACAUCUACAUAGCGGGGCAGAAUAUCCGAGACGUCAGCCUUGACAGCCUGAGGAAGGCUUUAGGGGUCGUACCUCAGGAUGCCGUUCUGUUCCAUAACACCAUCUUCUACAACCUGCAGUACGGGAACAUCAAUGCUACACCAGAGGAGGUGUACCAAGUUGCGCGUCUUGCAGGCAUCCAUGAUGCUAUCCUCAGGAUGCCCCAUGGCUAUGAUACCCAGGUUGGGGAGCGAGGCCUCAAGCUGUCAGGAGGUGAGAAGCAACGUGUCGCCAUUGCCCGUGCAAUACUGAAGAAUCCACCCAUCCUCCUGUAUGACGAAGCAACGUCCUCCCUGGACUCGAUCACCGAAGAGAACAUCCUGAGUUCAAUGAAGGGGAUGGUGAAGGACAGGACAUCGGUGUUCAUCGCCCACAGGCUUUCCACAAUCGUAGACGCAGAUGAGAUUAUAGUGCUCAACGAGGGUAAAGUGGCAGAGCGUGGUACUCACCACGCCCUCCUCAGCACCCCGGACAGCUUGUAUGCAGACCUGUGGAACGCUCAAAACAGCAAAAUCCUGAACAACAGCAACAAUUCACCCCAGCCGCCGGCUGAGCGGCUCUCCCAGAAGGAGGAGGAGAGGAAGAAACUGCAGGAGGAGAUCCUCAACAGUGUGAAGGGCUGUGGGAACUGCUCCUGUUGAGAGAAGCUGCCACCUCUAUGUUUCUUCAUCCCUCACAGAUGGCCUAUGCUGGAAUCCCUUGUCUGUGCAGCAUUGUGGAGGGGGUAUGUCCCAGCUACCUACUCCAGCCAAAGCACGUGACUAUCUCUCCUCCUCUUCAUGUGAAUAAAGGCCAGCGCUUGCCAAAAUGAAGAAGGAGGAGCAGAAAAGGGAACAAGUAUGUUUAGCACUGGCUGGUGUCCAGAGAUAGCGCUUAUAUGCCAGUUGUCUCAGCUGAAUCAAAGCAUAAGAGACCAUGUAUAUCACAUACGUGUGUGUAAGACAUCUGUUAGUCAACAUGGUUGCCCCCUCCUUCUCAUUUUGACAUCAGGUUUAUUGACAUCUUGGGCUGCACUGGAAACAGAUGAGAGUACAUGGAAUGACUUACAUAUGCCUUGAUGUUGACACAAAAUUUGUAUUGAUUUAAUUUUUUAAAGUAUUUACAAAAUAAACUGAAGUUAUAGUUCA